AUGGCUAAUCGUCGACCUCCCAACUCCUCCGGUUUCCAGCAGCCCCGAAAUGAUACCUCCGGUCGCCACCCUGUUUACCGUGGUAUCCGAUUGCGAGCUGGAAAAUGGGUUUCUGAAAUUCGUGAACCGAACCAGACCAAGCGCAUAUGGCUUGGCACCUAUGCAACACCGGAAAUGGCAGCCGCUGCUUAUGACGUGGCUGCAUUGGCACUCAAAGGUAGGGAUGUACUUCUAAACUUUCCAGACUCUGUUAUUUCAAGUACACUUCCGGAGCGUCCAACCGCUGAUGACAUCCGUGCAGCAGCUGCCAGAGCAGCUGCCGCUCGAGCACCGGGGUAUGGGUAUGAAACUGGUGGUGGAAGCAUUACAAAUACAGCCCCUCCUGGUGCAUAUAUGGAUGAUGAACAUGAACCCAAUCUGUGGUCUGACAUGGCAGAGGGAAUGCUGCUAAGUCCACCGAGGAUGGAUUCCAGUCCACCGGAUGAUGGAACAGAUCAUUCCGGUGGAAGCAAUCUAUGGAAUUACUAA